CUUUCCUAAACAAACCUUAUAGUUGUUUUUUCUUUGUUUUUUUUUCCUCAUCCUCUUUAAAUGGCACUAGCCAACAAAAAUAUUCUUCAUGCUUCAAGCCUAAGUACCAAGUUUCAAACUUUUAUUUUUGAUGAAGAGACUAAUACUAUGGAGAUUAACUCUUUAAUGUCUCAUGGUGUCAAUGAUUACCAAAAAUCAAUGGUUGAAGAUGAAGAUGGUUCACAAAGUACUAAUGGUCUAAGCAAUGAUUCAGCUUCAGCUUCAGCUACUACACAUUCUCCAACUCUUUGUGGAAGUAGCACAAAAGGGUAUGUUUAUAACAACACAAGUUAUCAACUUGAUGAAGAAGAGUCUUUGAUUAAUUUCAAAGGCAAUGAGUACUAUAGCAAUCUUGUCAUGCAAGGUAGUGAAUCUUUGCUUAGUUUUCAACAGAGCUGGAUGGUGUCCAAUGACAAUAAUUUGCAAGAAUGGAAUCAUGUUAGUCCUAAAAGCACUACUAACUUGUGCAUGGUGGAAGGUUUGAGUAACUUAGAAACUUCAAGUGGUUGCUAUGGAUCCAUAUUCAAAGAGAAGCAAAGUGGUGAAAGUUCAUGUGGUUGGUUAUAUUCGGAACCAAAUGUUCCUUGUGAUGAUCAUAGCCUAAUAAACGAGUCGGCAACACACGAAUCAAUAUCGGUCUUCAAGAAGCGCUCAUCUAUGGGAGAGAACAUGCAACCUGCCAAUGCCAAGAAGCCAUGCACAAUUGCAAGUAAAACAGAAAAACAUAAGUCAAACCCAUCAAAAGAUCCUCAAAGUGUUGCUGCCAAGAAUAGAAGAGAGAGAAUAAGUGAGAGGCUCAAGAUCCUACAAGAACUUGUACCUAAUGGUUCUAAGGUUGAUUUAGUUACUAUGUUGGAGAAAGCAAUUAGUUAUGUAAAGUUUCUUCAAUUGCAAGUGAAGGUUUUGGCAGCUGAUGAACUUUGGCCUAUUCAAUGUGGAAAAGCUCCUGACAUUGGUCAAGUAAAACAAGCAAUUGAUGCCAUUCUUUCAUCUCAACAAUGAAUCCCAAUAAGAUUUUGAAUCAAAGAAGAAAAUAAAUAAUGUUAUCAUAAUUCAUGCACAACUUUGCAAACAAAGCAAGCUUUUAUCUAAAGGGAAUUUUAGAAAUUCAUAAUACAUUAUAACCUUUUUUUAUAAUUUGUUAACUUCUAAAUCAAUAUGUACUAGAAAAAAAAAUAUGAACAUCUUGUGUUUUUAGUAGUAUUAUUCACAAAGUAUCUACAUGUGCAAAUUGUACUUUUCUUUGUACUAAGUGAUGUUGAAAAGUGUUAUGAUAAA